GGAAGUCGAGUAGGACGCCAGAGCUAUCCUUCAUAAUUAUCGUCUUUGAAGAUGUGUCACUGACUCACGCUCUUCUUCUAUGAUGAUAGAUUACCCUUACAGUGUUGAGGAUAAUUGUUCACGAAAGCAAACUAACAAGGCAUAUACUUCAGUAGACAGACAGCGACUGCGUUUUCAUUGCGACGUGGCUCUUCCUCUUUCAAAAUCACCAGAAAAACCAGCGGGCGCCGGUGGUUACAGCAGCGGCAUACAGGAACAGCAAGGGGGUGGAGACAAUGCCUUCAGUCGUUACAUGAUCCCGAACCUUUUAGUCGAUGAUGACCUGCAGCUACCUUCUUUGUCAUCAGACACCCACGCUGCCCAACACAAGAAGGCAACACUAGCAUCCUCUUCAUCUGGAAGCAGCCGCGUCGUGGCUGAAACCAACAGCCCUAGGCUAGGCCCAGGACAGGCAAAUAGAAAAAAUACCCCCGCGACGGGUCCAGUGCCAGAGCAUGGUCAUGGAGCAACGAACAAAGCGGCUUUGUCCAGUGGCCACGACAACUGCCAGAGCAGCCAUGUCGCUGCUCCGGAAAAAAAUCCGUCUCCUCACACCAGAGGGGGAAGCAGUUCGAUGUCGCCUUGCAAAGGCAGCAGCGCGUCUUCAACCUUUCGAGUCGCUCAAAACUUUAAGGCCACGGCUGCGCUGAUCUCUUAGUACAAGAGCCUUCAUGUUGCGGGACCGGGUGAAAGUGUAGUGCAUCAUGCUGAACGUAGCGGGUGGAUCCAUAUGGAGCGUCGCAACACUGGAAAAACGUCUGGAUUUAAUGCGCCAGAGUUUUUCUUGCUGUAGUCGCACUCUAUCCAGAUAAGAAAGUCCCCAUAUUCUUUCGGAAAAAGUUCCGUUCGGAGGUAUAGCUGCAUCAUGCUGUCUUCUAAUGCAGCCAGCCUCAAUAAUCUGGGGCCGGGGCGCAGUAGUGCGACGGCGUCGACUGUGAAACCGAACAACAGACUGCGCGUCUUAUUAGAAGGCUUAGGCGAUCCAGGCCGCCUGGGCGUCAAAGGCCUCCCACCAUCGCAGCGAUCACCUCGAGGACUCUUGAUCAAAAGGCCAGAGAGGGUACGCAGAUUCUUUAGCCUCAAGCUUAGCUAUUUGAUCUAGCGAAGGCUCAUAUUUAGAAUCUGAGACCUCAGCCGCAGCUGUAUCUUUAGGCUCAGACUUACAAUCUACUACAAGUGCAACUAGUGCUGAUCUUCAUACUGAUGCUACGAUAUUGAUGUUAUGACAUCACGAGGCGAAGAUGCACAUCAUGCGCAAGACCGUCUGUCUUUCUCUCUCUUGUUCGCCACACACAGUUGAACGCGAACCGCCAUUCUUACUUCGUCCACAAAGGGCACAGCAGGCAGUGGGUCGAGCUUUGGCAUCGCGAGUCCUCGCGUUGUUGCCAACUUCAAGCAGCAUUAAAACAACAAUCAUCUACAGGUGGCAUCUCCGGUUGACUCGCCCUUGCAGCGAUUACCAGAGCACGUCGAUGUUGACCCGAUCGAAGAGGUUGGCGCCCCCCCAGCCCUCGGAUGGGAGGAGCUGGAGGCCUUAGUUGAUUAAGGAACGACUCAGCUGAGCACGAAAAAACUCAAUACUCACAUAUCUGCCAUGAUGAAAAUGAAAAGUCCUGAACUAGCUUUAAUGUAAGGACGAAGUGCAGCGAUUUAAUGGGCGGUUUCUCCGCGCACAGCAGGACGAGACACGCGAAGGCACGAGUCUCCUCGCGAAGAUUUUUAGUGGUGACAGAGCAUACCUGACCACCGGCGUUCACGUUUAUGUCUUGUGUGGAUCAAUUAUUUUUGCACUUCUUGACCCAAUCGUCUAAGUAUAUUGAUCGCCCGAAAUUUUUCACAUCUAAGAUUUAGUACAUGAGUUUUGUUUUAUUGAUGCAGCUUUUCUUUGUUUUUUGUCUUGCCUAGAGCCCGUCUGGUAAAAAGCUCUAAAAUUUAUCCGCGCAGUCUUCCUCUCCCAGCAAAGCAAAGGUGGCACCAGUUCCGCCAUUGGGCGAGCGCUUCCCGUUUCACACGACUUUCGGUGACUAUAUUUACUGUCUACCAUCAUAGUAGUUGCUAUUACAGUUGUUACAUCGAAUCCUUCGCCUUAUCUUUAGCUCAAUCUGCCUUAUCCUCUGUUUGUGAUAAAAGGUUCGGCUUCUUUGUCGUGUUGACUUCUAAUAUUUUCAGAUUUUUACUCACUUCGAAUUUGAUUAUAAUCAAUACUAACUUCGUACAACUAGGCUAUCGGCAACCGAACGAAUGCGACCGCUUAGGACCUCCGCCAAGGUGCUCUAGGUCAGCAGGACGUCGAAGCUCGUUGCCAACUGCGGCAAAAAGUUCUGGUGGUUCCAGACGAAGGGGCUCCGUGUUGGGUGGUCAGGCUACGUAUGAUUUGAACGGUUUGCCCAUGCGCCACCCUUUGUCCGCGCGUGGACACAAGGAGCUGCACACAACUGACUACGUGCGGAAAAACAUCGUCGAGGCUGGCUUGGCAGGCGUGCGCCUUUCGGGAACGGAAAGGACAAAAAACGCAGUUGCGUCGAGCAACGUUGGCGACAAUGGCACCUCCAAGAGGCGUGGUGGCACCGCUGGAAAACUACACGGUAGCACUGUCGCAGGAGGACAACAACUGGGAACGAAUCCAACACCGAUCACGUCUGCUCGCCUUGCAAAUAGAGACCCGCGUCGCCCCGGCAGUUCCACGUCGGCGCCAGGUGCCGAAAUUCUAGUCAAUUUCGUGGCAUACAGGGAAGAGCCACACCGCGACGAAGCCGCAAACUUGUUUUUCCAAGCGGUGGAUAACAAGAUCAUUCAAGAUUAUGGCAGAGCAGAACUAACAGGUUAGUGGAGGAGCCCCCUUCUUAGAGCUGAAUUUCGCAGCAUUGUGGAUUCCAUCUUCUAGCGCUAACUAUCACGAUACCGCAAAGGCCUCAACGACGCACACUGCGACGCAAAAGACGAGGAGACGAGAGGCGCCUUAGCCCACGCACAGCAAGACUGGACAAAGAAUUUCCUUGACAAGCUGUAAUCUGCAGGAAUGGGCGUGGCCACAACUAUGCAUCAGCGUGAGUAUCUAUCAUUGAAAAUCAGACGUAGCGCGGCAGCGCCCUUGCUUUUUAUCAUGCAUUUUGAUACUAGAUAACUACCUGGCUGCGACUCUCUGUAGUAUAAGACUAAUCGCAUGAUCACCAGCAAAGAGUACUAGAAAGAUCGCUUUUUACUUUUCAUCUAAAGAAACAGAAGAGCCCAUACAUAAGUAAUUAAUAUGCAUACCAAAUAAGCCUUCCCGAGCGCUAUACUCCACAAAACUAAAAACUCGAACGUUAGAGUUAUCUUCUACUAUCUUAUGUCUUGAUACAGCACUAGUAGUGCAGGGCUGUGGCGCGACGGCCCACCUACUCGAUGACGCUUGAGCUUGUUGAGUUUGUUGAUUAUGUUUACGCCUGUGCUGCGUGAAAAUUCAUUCAUCUUGCCCCAGGAUGAGCUUGCACAGUUGCAUUCUGACUGCUUAGUAAUGACAUCAAUUUCCUCAAGUAGAUGAGCAACAAGUUCGAAUGCCAGCCGAGCACAGUGGUACAGUUGCACUACAGCGGAGUAUUUAUCAAUCUUACAACAGCUUCGCUUUCAUAAAGAUGCUUUUACUAAUACGCAGAGACGCCAAGAAUUCAGAGCUUCUUGCUUUUUUGUUGAAGAUCUGGCGUGCGUUUUCUUAUCGACGAAGCUUUCCCAAGGUAAAAGAAAAAAACCGUCAUUCGAAAAAGUAAGUACUUGGAGUAGCUCCUAUCCCCUGAAGGUCGUCCUUUGAUGCUCAAUUUCGCAUGGGACAAGCAACGCCAUCUGUGACUGGUGCACAGAACAACUCUACUUUUUCGCUAUGAGGAAGAAAAAGACAGAAGCACCCUCGUUGUAAGCAAACCCAAACGGCGGUCUGCUAACAAGCGGAUGCCGUGGCUGUUUUCGCACUUACGUCGACCAAGUUGGAAACAUGUGACGAAGAAAAACAGUCAGCGAGUACCAGCAUCAUCAAGCACAAGCUCCACCUCAGAAAAAUUAUGGGCUUACAGUUUUGCCACAGUGCGACACUCGUGGAAAGGAUCACUAAGGGCAAAAAUCAGAAUGACAAAUGAAAUUGAUACAUACCAAAAGAAUGCUAUGACAACUAUGAAGAGGCUUCAUAUGAAUCGCUGAGGUAGUUAGGAGGGAU